AUGGUAAUCUCGGACAGCAUAAGAAACGAAACCCGCAAAUCUCUAAAGAAUGAUGCUUCCGAGAGACUAGAGGAUUCUCCAGAAACUACCUGCGGCUUUUCUAUAUUCAAGGGACGUGCUCUUCAAAGAUUCGCCACGGCGAGCAUGUUCGUUGUUAUUUAUGGAAUGGCUUGCUGUUUUCUGUCCAUGGCUUCCUCCUACUACGCCGGAACCAUUACCACAAUGGAGAAACGCUUCAAUAUACCCAGCAAGAUUACCGGAAUCAUCGGAGUGGGCAGUGAUAUAAGCACUGUCUUCUGCUCGGCAUCCUUGAGCUAUUACGCCAGUAGAGGACAUCGACCGCGUUGGAUUUCCCUAGGCAUGCUGAUCAUUAUCUUCUUCUGUGUGCUAAUGCUAUCCACACACUUCUUCUACGGACCCGGCGAAGAGGCGUUGAGACUCACGAAGGAGUACGGAUUGAUGGAAUUUGAUAAUACUACUUUGAACUCCACCCAAAAGGAUGACGCCCUUUGUCAUGAGAAGGACUCGAAAUGUGUAGAGAACACUGCGGAUUACAAACCAAUUGUUUUGUUCUUUAUAGCUCAGUUUAUCGGAGGCAUUGGAUGCUCGCUUAUCUAUGCCCCGGGGUUAACCUACAUGGAUGAUAAUCUAUCAAAAGCCAAGUCGCCACGCAUGCUAAGUAUAUCAACUUUCCUGCAUAUGCUGGGUCCUGCCAUGGGCUUCUCUAUGGCCUCCUUUUGCCUCAGCCUGUACAUCGAUCCCUUCAAGAAGCCCCUGAUCACUUCUGAGGAUCCCCGCUGGAUGGGAGCCUGGUGGCUGGGUUGGAUCCCCAUGAUAUUUAUACUUCUCAUCUCAGCCUUUUUUGUAGGCAUCUUUCCCAAGGAGACGCCAAAAGCCAGGAUCAGACGCUUGAAGGCGGAGGAUAGAGGAGAGAUGGAUACUUCUAUGGAGGAUCCCUCUUUCAGAGAUAUGUUGGACUCCCUGAAACGAUUAGCCUCCAAUAAGGUCUACGUUUAUUAUGCAAUAGGCUCUAUAUUCUAUUGCUAUAGCUACAUGCCCUACUGGAGCUUCAUGACCAAGUAUAUGGAGAUCCAGUUCCGGCAGUCGGCAUCCACAUCCACCUUGGCUACGGGAACCUGGCCUUUCGGAUUCUCCGCCGCCGGGGUCCUAAUCUCUGGAUACGUAAUCUCAAAGUACCAGCCGAGUGCCAGGACAAUGGCUGCCUGGAACUUUGUUUUGGAUUAUAUCAGAGUGAUUGGACUUAUAUGCUAUGCCUUUGUGGGGUGUGACGAGAGCGACAGAGCCAACUCAUUGUCCAUAAUUCCAACUGGCGACACCUGCAGCGCAUCCUGCGACUGUGAAUAUGUGUACUAUGCACCAGUUUGCGGUCCGGAUAAUGUCACCUACAUCUCGGCAUGCCACGCGGGAUGCACGGAAAAGGGACUUGAUGAUCUCGGAAGGACCAUUUACACAGGUUGCAAGUGCUUGGGCAGCUCGCUGAACCAAACUUUGUUUUCUAAUGAAACAUUUAUGACAUCCCAGUCUCAAAUUGUCCUAGAUGGUGCCUGUCCGGUGGACUGCACCAAGCAAUUCAUAAUCUUCCUGGCAAUAAUGUAUCUCCUAAGGUUCGUAAGUGCCACAGGAAGCUCUAGUAAUCAGCUUCUUGCCCUUCGAUGCGUCCCUACGAAAGAUAAGACAUUUUCCAUGGGCUUCAGCACCAUGAUGUUUACAUUGCUAGUGUAUAUUCCGGGUCCCAUUGUCUCAGGUUGGAUGUGGGAUAACUACUGUCUGGUCUGGGGAAAGACCUGCGGAGUUGAGGGAAACUGCUGGAUAUACGACUCGAGGUCCUUGAGGUUUACUAUAAACCUCGUUAGCGCCUUUCUUAUGUUCCUUGAAAGCUUCUGGAACUUCGGGAUAUGGUAUUAUGCCAAGGAUAUCAAGAUUUUCGAUGAAGAGGAGAUUGCAGACACUCAGAGCCAGGGUGAAGUGAUAGAUUUAACCAUACCUGCCAAUAAACAGGAAUAA